CAAGGGUUUUUCUGGGAUGUUCAUCAAAAAUUAAAGUUUAUGAAUUUAAUUCAUUAUGCUUUGCAAAAAGAUGUAGUUGUUACACCCGAACUAUCUCUUUAUAAAUACGGGAUAACUUGGGAUAAUAAUAAUUGA